AUGAGAACACUCUACUCGCUGUCCUGCCUUAUCCUCCUGAGCCUGGGGACCUGCUUCCCUCCCAGCCAGCGGCAGGAGCUGGGACAACCCAGGGAAGGGACCUUGCUCCGUCCCAGCUGGCAAACAGCGGUGGUGGCAGAGGACUCGGGUGCGUGUUGGAGAGCAGGAGCGAAGAGGAGACGCGGCGAGGAGCUGAACGCGCUGCUGGGCAUCGCCCGGGAUCUGCGGGGCUUCGGCAAGGAGGGGAGUGGGCAGCGGCUGGGGAGGGGGGGNGAGAAGCGCAGCGGCACGUUGGGGAACCUGGCUGAGGAGCUCAACGGCUACAACAGGAGAAAAGGAGGGUUCACCUUCCGCUUUGGGAGAUGA